CAUUUUUUUCCAAUCUAAACUUUAAUAUUUUUAUUUUCCACAUUCAUCUUUUGGACAAACUUCAAACUAUAAAAGAGCCAUUUCAUAUUAUUAUUUUUUUUUUUAGUCAUUCUUUGGAUUUAUAAGGAAGAUAUCAAGACCUUUGAACUGGAGCAAUAACUUAAGCGCACAAAAUGGAUGACAAUUCGCAGUAUGACUAUGCUUAUGUGGACAACAUUAGUGACGGAAUGUGUAACAAGGAAGACGUGGCCAAAAUAGGAUCCAUCGUCGUGCCGUUAUUCCUCAGCGUCGUGGUCGUGCUCAGUCUCGUCGGGAACAUUUUAGUUCUUGUGAUUCUCGCUCUAUAUGAGAAUCUGAAAUCGUUGACCAACAUCUUCAUACUGAACUUGGCUCUGUCGGACCUGCUGUUCACUUUCGGUCUGCCGUUCUGGGCAUGUUACUACAUCUGGGGCUGGACUCUCGGAGACGCGGCGUGCAAAACGGUCAACUUUUUCUUCUACGCUGGAUUUUACAGCAGCAUCGUGUUCCUGGUGCUGAUGACCGUUCAGCGUUACAUGGCCGUGGUGCACCCUCUCUCAGACUGGGAAAGAGGACAGGGCUUCGCUCUAAUCCCCAUUGUCGCUUGGGUGAUGAGCAUCGCAGUGGCGUUGCCAGCCCCAAUCUACAGCUCUGUAGUUCCUGAUCCAGCAAACGCUACACAACUCUACUGUGAGUAUAAUUCCACUGAGGGAUAUUUUACCGUCACGUACGAACAGAACUGGUUUUUUGUGUGCGCCUUUUUGAUCAUGGGGUUUUGCUACGUCAGAAUCCUGCAGACCGUCUUCAAGACGAGGACGAAAAAGAGACACCGUACUAUCAGACUCAUCUUCUGCAUCGUAGUCACGUUCUUUCUCGGUUGGGCUCCUUAUAACCUGGUGAUUUUUCUGCACACCUUUACUCAUCAUCAGAUCGAGUUUUUCACCAUCUGUGAGGUCACACAUCAUCUCGACUACGCCGAGUACGUCAGCAAGCUGCUGGCGUUUUCACACUGCUGCCUUAAUCCCGUGUUUUACGUUUUCGUCGGCGUGAAAUUCAGGAAUCAUCUAAAGGAGAUUCUGCAGAAGAUUCUUCAGACACCUCUGAACAAGGACAUGCAACAAACACGAACUGGCACCAUUCAGUCUCACGGCUCCUUGUGCUCAAACGGCAACAACUGCAGAGGCCAUUCCACUACCGUCUGAGUCAGUGUAAAUAUAUGCAUGAAUAAUGUCAAUGAUUUAUCUAAUGCUUAAAUAUGUGGAGGCUGAAGCUUUUUUUUUUUUUUUUUUUUUUUUAAAUACAAAGGAUGUAAAGAUGUAUGUAAAGAUGUAGCAUAUACAGCACUUAAAAAAAUAUUAAAAGUGGAUGUCUGGAGUUUUUUUCCUUAGCUAAAAGCAAAUUUGAGAUUUCAUUUUGAUCCAGAAUAACCAUAAACUGCUUUUGAGACAACCUAAGUACAUUGGUGCCUUAUAUAAAAACCCCACAAUCGCUUUUAAAAAGGUGUUCUAAUGUCAUCUAGAGGGAAAUCAUAAACAUGCAUGACUGGGGUGUUAAAGGCAUCUGAUAUAGUUUUGAGUGUACAUUUCCAUUGUGCGUAUCUAAGUGACCAUGUUGUUAUUAGAGAACUCAAGACUUCCCAUUUGAUCAGCAAAUAAAUAUACAUAGAUCCGAUUCAGAAGCGAUUCAAUUAAUGAAUAUAGAUCCGAUUCAGAAGCGAUUCAAUUCAUAGACAUAGAUCCGAUUCAGAAGCGAUUCAAGUCACAGACAUAGAUCCGAUUCAGAAGCGAUUCAAUUAAUAGACAGAUCCGAUUCAGAAGAGAUUCAAUUCACAGACAUAGAUCCGAUUCAGAAGCGAUUCAAUUAAUAGACAUAGAUCCGAUUCAAAAGCGAUUCAAUUAAUAGACAGAUCCGAUUCAGAAGCGAUUCAAUUAAUAGACAUACAUCCGAUUCAGAAGCGAUUCAAUUAAUAGACAGAUCCGAUUCAGGAGAGAUUCAAUUAAUAGACAUAGAUCCGAUUCAGACGCGAUUCAAACUCAAGCGAUUCAAACUGCUUCCUACAUGAAUAUUCAUGAAAUCAAAUUGCUUAGAACUAAACUUAAGCAAAUGUUUUAGCUGAAUGGUGAUUAGCUGAGCACUCUUUACUAAAGCACAUCCCCCUGUCUGAUGAAAGGUUAAACCACAUGAUAACACAUUUGUUGAUGUCUUCAUUGGUCAUUUGGAAGGUAACUGGGUUCUUUCUUACUAUACUUUGGAUAUAUGCAUUAUAUUUGAAAGAAAGAGAGAAACUGUACUCUCAAUUUGUGCACAAAAUGACAUGUAGGUGUCCGAUGUCGGUUUUAAAUGUUAAUGUUAUUUCCCUUUUUAUUGUUUUUGUAUAUAUUUUAGUUUGUUUAGAUGUGUCAUUUCUAAAGCACUUUGGGCAACGUCAGCCGAGUCGAUUUUUCCUCUAUGAAUAAAUCUGACAUGAUUACUUUGUUCUGAUUUCUUCCUUUCCUUCUGGCUGCCAUUGUUCAACACAACACGUCAAACCGCAGCAAAUCAGAUAACAGGAAACCCGUGAAAUGAACGAAACCACACAGCACGUGAGAAGACAGUGAUAAUAACUUUUGUCUUUUGUUAAACUGCCAUGAUCACUGAUGGAGAUGUAACACCAAGUGAAAAUACUUCUCUCUAAACUGUAGUCAGCAUGCAUUAUAUCAUGAGUCAGAAUUAAAUAAGUCAGAAAGCAUACAAUGGCUACCAGGCCCAUCUACAAGGAGUGUUCCUGACCGGCGUGACAAGUUUAAACAACAUGAAUAAUUCAUGUCUGAACACUUUCCAGUCGGUCCUAAAAUGGGUGGGUUCCUCUUGGCAUUAUGGCAUGGGUUAUCCAGGUGAUUCUUACCACCUCUGGUGGUUAGGAGAGGAAUAGACCUCUAAUUAUGUAGUUACGGGCGGGGGUUUGGUUCAGCAGGAGCCUACAGGAGGAGUUUGAGGGAAUAAGCAAAUUGUUGCUUAUUUGUGGGUGCGUAUUAAGAAGCUGUCUCUCUCUCUCUCGACUGGCUUGAGCAGACAGAACGGCUACUGUGACUCAAGCAACCACUCUUUACAAACACGGUGAGCAGAAAAGCAUCUCAUAACACAUCGAAUCAUAAGGUUGGGCUGGGAGACAACAGCAGGCUUCCGCUCCUGUCAGCCAGGAAUCUGGCACUAAAAUGGAUACAGAAUCUGGAUGGAUGAAGAUUUGGAAAAGAAAAAAGAAAAAAAAAACCCCACCAGCUGCUCUUUUUCGCACAAGUGAACUGGUGUUCCUAAUAAAGUGGAAGGGGUGUGUGCAUGUGUGUACUAUUUCUGUUUUAUAAAAAUUAAAACGUGCAUCACCUGUUAACGGUAUCCUACACACUGUGAAGACGAACCGUGGAAGAACAAAGCAAGUUUAUCAGUAAAUUAAAACAUAUAUGCCCGAGUUCAAAUUUGCCUUAGUAGUUAUAUCAUACACUUUCUGUCAAACUGUCAAUCAAAGUGUUGUGUGUGAUAAUUUAUGACCCUCUGUGCUUCCCUGACUGACAGGUCUGUAGGGGUGGUAACCCUAUGGAGUUUAUCAGAUGAUCAAUCUGGCUCCUUUGUGUCUGGGGGUGUUGUGGAGAGGUGUGUGUGGGGGGAAUAGCCCCCCUCCCAACAAAAGGUGUUUAUGUUAAUGAGUUUGGUUUUUGGUGGGGUGAAAUACGUCUGAAAAGAAAUAAUGUUUUUAAUAUGGGGAUGUGUUUGUGUUACUUUGUGGCGUUAUUUCGUUUGUGUAAACACAUUGUUAGAAAAGCAUGAUGUUUGAAUGUGUACAUAUAUGAGUAAAAUAUUUGUUUUGUGAAAUAAAUGAAAACAAAUGUUGAUUAUGUUUUUAGGGA